UCCUUGUCCCAUUCGAGUUCUGCACGACAUCGCGACUAGUCGUGCCACCUCGGGAUCUCGGUGGUAGUGUUAAAAUCAAUCGAAUUGUUCAGGACGGGGCUUCGUUAUAAAAUAAAUUAAUUUAAAUUGUGUGUGCCGUACAGAGCUGCUGAUAUUCGUGUUGUAUUGGUUUCGAGCUUCCGUAUGCAAUAAGCAAUAAACGAUCUUUUCACAGGGCAAAAACAGAAAUACACGUAAACAGAUUGCUCAAACAGAAAUGUGAUAAUAUUGUCGGCAGUCCUAAUGGUGAUAUGUGAUAACAGUUGGAUGGUCAAUGUAAUUUGAGGGAAUGCUUGAGAGACCAUCAUUUAUCGAGAUCUAAUUGAGAUGUGUCGUUCACUGUCGAAUCGUUAGUCAAGAUUUAGCGUUCUUCAAUCGGUGCCCUGAUUCUGUUCUUGUAGUCUCGGUCUGUUGUGCAGUUGAUUGGUUGUGGCCGCGCAGGAAUUAUCUUAAUUCUUUAAGCUGCGUGAGUCGGGCACUAUCGGUGGCACGCGAACAACACGCGACACUGUGAGUAGUUCAACUCAGGACCGUCAUGGUGACGAUCGAGUGAAUGUACGUUAAAGCAACCGGUAGUAAUAAAUAGUGCCUGUUCACUCGGCAGCGUGAUAGUCGACGUUUAUUUUUUUAUCCAACAGAGUGUAACUACUUCUGUUCAAAACUGAAACCACUACUGUUAAUACAAUGAGAUCAGUGCGCGUAACGAUCACGGUUUGUGUCAUCCUGGCGGUCAUCCCACUGGUAUUAAAUGCUAGUAUUUCUGCUAACGGAGGUAUUCGGCGACCACAUAUUGUCAUUAUUCUGGCCGAUGACAUGGGAUGGAAUGAUGUUGGAUUCCAUGGUUCGAACCAAAUUCCAACGCCAAACAUUGAUGCCUUGGCUUAUAGUGGAAUUAUAUUGAAUCGGCACUAUUCUGGACCCAUGUGUACUCCUUCCAGAUCAGCUUUGAUGACUGGACGAAAUCCGAUCAACAUAGGAAUGCAGCAUUACGUUAUAGUUUCCGAUGAGCCAUGGGGCUUAGGACUGGACCAGAAAACCAUGGCGGAGUAUUUCAAAGAGGCUGGCUACAAAACGCAUUUGGUUGGGAAGUGGCACUUAGGAUUCUUUGCAGAGCAAUAUACACCACUAAUGCGAGGGUUUGAUAGCCAUGUAGGAUUUCUGGGACCCUACAUCGAUUAUUGGAAUUAUACGUUGAAGAUGCUAGAAUCUACCCAGCAAUUCGAGGGAUACGAUAUGCGUCGUAACGCAACGGUGGAUCAUUCUUUCAAAGGAACUUACGCAACGGACCACUUUACCAACUCCGCUAGUUCAAUCAUCAAGCAGCACAACCCCGAAAAACCACUCUUUCUUAUGGUGAACCACUUGGCACCACAUGCCGGAAAUGAAGACGAUCCGUUGCAGGCUCCCGAAGAAACACUAAAAAGAAUGGAACAUAUUUCGGAUAUGAAUAGACGCACAUACGCCGCAAUGGUAUCUAAACUAGACGACAGCGUCGGUGAAAUAUUCAAAACUUUGCAAUCAAAAAAUAUGCUGGAGAAUUCCAUAAUUCUCGUAAUGUCCGAUAAUGGUGCACCUACGGUUGGGCAGCACGCAAACACCGGGUCGAAUUAUCCGCUUAAGGGACAAAAGAACACACCUUGGGAGGGUUCAACACGGACCUUUGCCGCCCUCUGGAGUCCUUUACUUCGUGAGCAGCAACGUGUUUCGAACCAAUUUGUUCAUAUCUCUGAUUGGUUACCAACACUUGCUUCCGCAGCAGGAAUAGAUGUUCCUCAAGCAGGAUUAUACACGGAAAUUGAUGGUAUCGAUCAGUGGGAGGCGUUAUCGUACGAUACCGGAAAUCCCCGAAGAGUGGUCCUUAACAUGAUCGAUGAAAUUUUCGGCUAUAGCAGUUAUAUGGAGAAAGGAUUCAAGUACGUGAAUGGAUCUACCAGUAAAGGAAAGCGUGACGAUUGGUACGGAAACCUGAACACCAAUGACACACUACCAAGUGAUGAUGAAUAUUUUGAAAAAAUCCAACAAACUGAAAUAGCCAAAUGGUCAGGUCAAUCAUUAUCCAAAGACGUAAUGAAUAAUCUUCGAAAGCAUGCUAGAAUAAAUUGUGGCAAUCCAGCGCAAGUGAUCAAUAAAUGUCGCCCACUAAUUCGACCAUGUCUGUUCGACAUCAUUAAUGACCCGUGUGAAUUGAAUGAUAUUUCCCGCAGACACUACCAGAAAAUGUCGGAGAUGCACGACAAGGUGAAUACUUACCGCCAAAUGGCAGUUAAACCAAGAAACAAACCUCACGACCCGGCUUCUAAUCCAGCUUACCAUAAUGGAAUAUGGACUUGGUGGCAGAAGGUUAGUUUUUCUGAAGAACUGCAGCCACCACAUUCAACUGAUGACGAAGGUUAUCGAGAUCUGGAUAUCCCACCACCACAUUCUAGUUUACCUGAAGACAUCCGGCUACCAGUAAUAAUCUCAAUUGUCGUUAUAGGCAUACUGUUUGUAAUAAGUGCCCUUAUUUAUCUUUCUAACAAAAAUCUUUUACGGUUCUGCAAGAACGAUAACCAGACGGAAAAGCAUUCGGUUUCAUCAACUACAGCGAACCGACCUAAAAGUGUCUUCACUUCUGAUAGUAGCAGCGACGAAAAGCUAUCCGAUGGCUACGGAAACUCAUCUUCGACUAAUAUAACUGCAAAAUCUUAUCAUAUCAAAGAGACUCAAAUAGAAAAGUAUUGAUCAAAUGG